AUGAAUAGACAUAACUAAAUGGCAAUUAGAGCGUCUUUAAAAAAAGCUCUGUUUAAUGACAAGAAAAGAAAUGCAGGUUUGAACUAAGGCCGCUCAAAUUAAUCUCCUUCUAUUCCCAACAAUUAACCUAGAGCUAUAAAUUAAUAAUUUAGACAUUUUAGCGAUGUUUAUGAAUAUGGGAAUGAAUAAAUAGGUAAAACAAUAAGUUAUUGCAAGGCGAGGGAGCCCAUGGAAUUGUUAAGAAAUACUAUAAAAGAGAUGCAAAUAUCAAUAAUGAAGCUUAAGUCAGAAUUGCAUAUGCUGUGAAAGUAUUCAGAACUGGUGAUACGGAAGUAAUUAAUACGAUUAGGGAAACAUUCCAUUUAAAUAGAGGGCUUAAUGAUCUUAAUUUUGUUGUUAAGGCACAUGACUUAUUUAUAAAUUCAAAAAAGGAGGAGCAUCAUCUUGUUAUGGAGUAUUGUCCAUAUCCUAGUCUAGAACAAAGAAUAGGAUCGUUUUGCGAAGAAGAUAUCCAAUAAAUCACUUUAAAUUUGGCUUAAUCAUUAUUUUCUUUGCAUUAGCGAGGUGUUUGCCAUAGAGAUUUAAAACCAGAUAAUAUUCUUAUAGGAGAUUAACUCACUAUCAAACUGAUUGAUUUUGGAGUCUCCAAAAGAUUUUUAGUAAAAGGAAAAAUAACGAAAAAAAUAGAUAUGUGGACUAGAACUGGUUCAUUAUUUUAUCAAGCACCAGAAAUAUUUAUGGGAGGUGGAUAUGAUGAGAAAAGUAUAACAAAUAUACUAAUAUUAUAGUUGAUAUAUGGUCAGCUGGCAUAAUCUUGUAUCAACUAUUAUUUGGGUAAUUGCCUUUUCAAUCAGAAACCAUCUUAGAUACAAUUGAAAUGAUUACUGACUCAAAAUUGAACUCUAUAUUCCUCAGUCAGCUAAAUCCUCUAAUUUAAGAUUUACUCAAAAGAUUGUUGGAAAAGGAUCCCAAUAAGAGACUAUCAGCAGAAGGUAUACGACUUAUUUUUAUUCUUAGGGUUUGUUUUGCAUCCAUGGUUACAUACCACUCAAUAAAAAAAAUCAAAUAAGAGUUUUGACGAUUGUGAUAUCAUAGAAACAAGAAAUAAUGAAAACAUAUUACAGACUUCUCAGAUUACCAUCUAAAGAUAGAAUUAUAGAUAUUAGAAUCAACUAAUUGUACCAAUCUAAGAAGAAAGGGAAUAAAGUUCUUUGAAAAAUAGUUGGAAUUGUUGGGAGAAUCAUGUUCACUAUGUUCCUCAAGAUGGUAUAAGAGUUACUAAUCUUGAUAAUGGGUACCAGAAUUAGGGUGGCACAUCUUAAGAAUAAGGAAAUGAAUAAAAGAGAUGUGAGGAUUUGACUGGUUUUUAAAUUGGAUUAGUGAGAACUUAUUCAGAGCAAUUUGAUUAACCAUGA